GUUCCCUAGUUGUCCGCGCGCUUCCCUCGCACCUGUUAGCAGGCACGGCGGCAACGGGACGACCCCUCGGCGGUUGUUUUCAAACUACAAGCCGGGCGGAGCGCGCGGGUUCACACGCGCCGCGAGGGCUUUGGAUCGGGCGGAGGUGGUUAGUAGUGUGCCACGGGUGGUUGGACAAGGCGAGUACGAGCGACGGAAGGCGCCGCCGGCGAAGAACGCGACAGAAGAAGAGGAGGAGGAGGACUGCUGGACCACAAAAGCGGACGGGGAACAUGAAAUAGGCGCGGAAUCGAAAACAAAGACAAACCUUUGUUUCGGAGUGUUCGAGUGGAGAGCGGGAGACCAACGGAUCUGACUCUUCCGAGUGGCUCGCAGCCUGGCUGCGACUAAUUAAUCACAUCGGAAGGUCUACUACGAAGGUGUCGACAUGGAGGAGGAGACCGGCGUGGCCGAGUUCUUCGCGGGCCGCUACGCGCUCGUCACGGGCGCCACGGGCUUCAUGGGCAAGGUGCUGGUGGAGAAGCUGGUGCGCUCCUGCCCGGACCUGGCCGGCAUCUUCAUCCUCGUGAGGACCAAGCGCGGCGAGGACCCACAGCAGCGCCUGGAGAAGAUCAUCGCGCUCCCGCUGUUCGACCUGGUGCGCGAUGAGGCGCGUCGCAAGGUGCACGUCGUGCCCGCCGACCUCAAGCUGAAGGGCCUGGGGCUGUCGCCAGAGUGGCGGGCGCGGCUCAAGCAGCAGGUGUCCGUCAUCUUCCACUCGGCGGCGACGGUGCGCUUCAACGACCCGCUCAAGGACUCGGUGCUGCUCAACACGCGCGGCACCCUGGAGCUCGUCAACAUGGGCCUGGAGAUGCCCCAGCUCGCGGCGUUCGUGCACGUGUCCACCACCUACUGCAACGUGGACCGGUACGAGAUCGGCGAGCAGGUGUACCCGCCGCACGCCGACUGGCGGGAGACGCUGCGCAUCGUGGAGAACGCCGACGAGGAGGGGCUCAAGGUGCUGACGCACAAGUACAUGGGCAUCGGCGAGCCCCGCGCCCUGCCCAACACGUACACCUUCGCCAAGUCGUUGGCCGAGCACGUCAUCAACGACCACAGCGACAGGCUGCCCGCCGUCAUCUUCAGGCCGUCCAUCGUCAUCUCCACGGACAGCGAGCCGGUGGCGGGGUGGGUCGACAACUUCAACGGGCCCGUGGCGCUGCUGGUCGGCGCCGCCAAAGGGGUCGUGCACGUCACCCUGGCCGACAAGAACAUCGUCGCCGACUACAUUCCCGUGGACGUGUGCAUCAAGGCCAUCAUUGUGACCGCCUGGAAGAAAGCCAUGGAGACCGGCGAGGAGAAGAAGAAGUGCAACGUGUACAACUGCGCGUCGUCCUCGGUGACGCCCAUCACCAUGGGCGAGAUGGUGGACCUGGGGCUCGACAUGCUGGAGGCGUGCCCCGUCGGCAAGGUGGUGUGGGUGCCGUCCGGCAUCAUCACGCCCAACCACUUCGUCUACUACGUCCUGUUCUUCCUCACGCACCUCAUCCCCGCACUCAUCGCUGACGCCGCCCUCACACUCGUAGGACACAAGUUCAGGCUGAUGAAGCUCCAGCGCAAGCUGUACACGGCCAACACGGCGCUGAGCCACUUCACAACGCGGACGUGGCGGUUCGCCAACGAAAGACUGCUGCAGCUGGACGAGCAGAUCCCGCUCAAGGACCGCAAGGCGUUCAGCUACGCCAUCGUGGACCGCCAGCCCAGGGACUUCUUCGAGAAGGCCGUGCUCGGAGGGCGUCGCUACCUCAUGAAGAUGCCCGACGAUUCCCUCGACUCGGACCGCAAAUUUUACCUCUUCAUGCUGUACUUAUCCCGAUUCAUCAAGUUCUGCUUCUACACCUUCGUGCUGUACCUCUUCCUGAACUCCAAAUUCGUCCAGUCUCAGCUCGACGGCAUCUUGUCGAACUUCUCUUGAGAACAGCCCCUCACCGUUGACGCGACGUUUUCAUUUCUGUCAUUCUCAUUCACCCAAAUAAGCUUCGGGCGUACAUCUCGAUUACUGAUGUCAUAACUCACGGCAUACAACAAAAAUCAAAUAAACUGUUCAUGAAAUAA